AACACUGAAUCUUUAAAGAAAAUAACAAUGGCUUCAAAGAACUCAGCCUCUCUUGGUCUUUUCUUUGCCUUCAACAUCUUUUUCUUCAACUUAACCGCUGCAACUGAUUGUGGAUACAACCCAAGUCCCAAAGUCCCAAGUCCUAAGGUACCAGUCCCAAGUCCUAACCCUAGGCCGCUCACGCCUCCUAGCACCCCUGGCUCAUCUGGAAGCUGUCCUAUCGAUGCUCUCAGACUCGGUGUAUGUGCAAAUCUCCUAAGUGGUUUACUUAACUUGCAAUUGGGGCAGCCAUCGUCUCAACAAUGCUGUUCGCUCAUCCAAGGUUUGGUUGACGUUGACGCUGCGAUUUGUCUCUGCACUGCUCUUAGAGCUAACGUUCUUGGCAUCAACCUUAACCUUCCUAUAUCUCUCAGCAUUCUUCUCAACGUAUGUAACAAAAAGCUUCCAUCUGGUUUCCAAUGUGCUUAAACGAUAUAAGCUAUAUAUGCAUAUACUACUAGCUCGUGCUCACAGAAAAACAUAACAGUUUGAAUAAACGCAUGUAAGCUAGACUUUAAUGUUUAAAUCUUACUAUGUUUUAACUUUUAAGUGAUAUACAA